AUGUCUUACUUAUUGACUGCAGGAAACAGACUACAACACAGGUUUAUUAGUGGGUUUGAGCUCCCACAGCAGCAUGUCUGUAAGGAGGAGGAGGUUCUCACUGACCAGCAGCUCUGUGACCAGGAGAGGAACUCAAGUCUGGACCAAGAGGAACUAGAGCCUCCACAGAUUCAAGAGGAACAAGAGGAACCAGAGCCUUCAGAAAUUAAAGAGGACCAAAAGGAACCAGAGCCUCCACAGAUUAAAGAGGACCAAGAGGAACCAGAGCCUCCACAGAUUAAAGAGGAACAAGAGGAACCAGAGCCUCCACAGAUUAAAGAGGAACAGGAGGAACCCUGCACCAGUCUGGAGAGAGAACAGCUGGUACUGAAGGAGGAGACAGAAACCUUGAUGUGGACUCCUACUUGUGAGGAAAGUAAAGAUCAGACUCUGGACUUGAGUCCUGAUGAAACUCAGUUGGCAGCAGAAGAAGAGCAGGUUGUCAGCAUGUCAGUACAAACAGUUAAAACCUCUAAGAAACCUGAACCAGACAGUGACGAGCAGCUCCUCUCUCACAACUCUCAUAAUCUCCAAGAUCACAAAGAAGGCAAACAUGAAGACUCAGGAUCAACUAGAAAUGCAGAACCAAAACCACAGAGGAGACAUCAUAGUAGAGAAAUUCACAACAUUGAAGACAAGUCUACCACUUUAAAGAUUCAGAGUAAUACUUUUACAGGGAAACAGUGUUUCAAAUGUGACACUUGUGGCAAAUCAUUUGCACGCAAGUCCAAUUUUAACAGACAUCUGAGAGUCCAUACAGGAGAGAAGCCGUACCCAUGUAACACCUGUGGGAAAAUAUUCUCUAGGGUGGGAACAUUAAAUUAUCAUUUGAGAACACACACAGGAGAGAAGCCGUACUCCUGCAGCACCUGUGGGAGAAGAUUUCGCGAAAUGAAAGCAGUCAACAGACAUAUAAGAACACACACAGGUGAGAGGCCAUACCCAUGUAACACUUGUGGGAAAACAUUCUCUCAGUUGUGCAAAUUGAAAGCGCACAUUAGAAUCCACACAGGUGAGGAACCGCACCCAUGUAACACUUGUGGGAAAAAAUUCUAUGUGCUGUCAGCAUUAAAACGACACAUGGGAAUCCACACAGGUGAGAAGCCGUAUGCAUGUGACACUUGUGGGAAGAAAUUCACUGAGCUAUGGGCAUUAAGACGACACAUGAGAAUCCACACAAGUGAGAAGUCGUACAAUUGCAAAACUUGUGGGAGAGAGUUCAGAUAUACUCAUCACUUGAAGAUGCACAUGAGAAAACACAUGGAAAAAGAUUCUGUCUGA